AUGAAACAGAGAAUCUCUCAAAGUUCAAUUUCUCAAAAUCUAACUUCUCUUCACUUAGUAAAUCAAGUUGAAGGUUUAGUUGAAAAAGAUAAUACUUCAAACGAAGAUAGUCAAUCUUUACAA